UCUCCAUAUUUUCCCUCCUAGUGAACCUCUGGCUUCUUCGAUCUACCAAACAAGGCGACCAAAGAAUUCUAUUCAUCAAAAUGGCAAUGAAAAUCUUGUUCCUUUCGAAGACACAGAUGGGCUCUCUGCCUUUAGGAGCACAAUUUCUCACAACUCCUCUCUCAUAGCCUCUUCAAAACCCACACAAGCCAGAAACCGCUCCACACCUGAAUCGCCUCACUUGCCAAACUCAUCCAAACUUCCUCUCCCAACUUUCGCCGAUAGAUUCCCGCCCCUCCACCCCCUUGCUUUGAAGGACAAGGUUGUCCCCUCGUCACUUCCACCCCUAUCCGCACACCCAGCAAAACAGGAGCCACUAACUGUUUCAACCACACUACAACCUUCCUCAACCCCUACUUCCCCAACCUCUCCAGCUCAACCAUCUCUAUCGGGACGAGAAAUAGGAACUAAUUUGCUCACACCGCGUCAUCGACCCACUCCUCUUUCUAAACCCAUACUUUUCGCGAGAGGAUGUUCAACAGUCCCGGGAUCAACACAGUCUGAGAAGGAUCCAGAUUUAGGCAACCCAAACAAGAAUAGCAUACAUAAUAGACCUCGAUCCAGAAGAGCGUAUAGCGAGAAGGAACCAAGCUCUGUGAAGAGGGCGCGACAGAAGCCAUCUUGGCCAACACAACCAAACUCGUCCCUCAAACAACUUCGGUCAAUUUUCAAGAAACGGAUAUCCACCACCCAGCCAAACUCACCAACGCGCCUGGAGAUGGAGGAACAAUCAAACUGCGAACCCACCGAGGAAUUAAUUGGGACAAGGUGUCCGGGAAGUCACGGCCUCAAACCAAGGUGCAGAACAAAGUCAAAUGCCAACUCCAGAAACUCGAAGGGAAACUCUCUCCAUAUCUCCCUUAUCGGUUACCCUGCAAGACUGUCCAAGCUCAGUCACUAUCAUCUCGCCCGUAAGAGAGGUCUUAGUCAUAAAAAUCUUUCUAACUAGCAUAGAAUUGCUAAGCCCAGAGUCUCGAGACCACUCACUGGUACUAAGACCAGGGUUCAACCGGGAGCUAAGCUUUCCAGACAAUAUAUACGAUGGCAACUCCAGUCACCGUACCAGAGCUCUGAGUCCUCCAGAGCCCAUGAUGCAGAACCCCUUCCCAGAUUCCAUGAAGAUUCUCCUAUGGAAUGUUAGAGGAACAGGCCACCCGGGGUUCAGAAAUCAUUUUCUCCAGUUGGUGCAAAAGCACCAUCCGGGCAUAGCAAUUUUGGUGGAAAUGAAACUCCAUGGUGAGAGAACCAGAGAAAUUUGCAGCAACCUGCCUUUUGACAACUUCACUGUAGUAGAUGCAAUCGGCUUUCGUGGUGGCAUGUGGAUACUUUGGAACAAAGCUGACAUCAUUUUGAACCCCAUCUCAAACCUCUCUCAAGUGAUCCAUGCCUUUAUUCAGAUGCCUGCUUUCGCAGCUCCAACAUGUUAAACUCAGGCAUGUUUACCGUGAGGCUAAUAGAUGUGCAGAUGUCUUAGCAAAAUUGGGUAGCAAGCUGGAUCAGAACUUUGUGAUUUUUGAAUCAUGUCCUCAAAAACUCCUUUUUGCUUUUGAUGAGGACACCAGGGGCAUCUGUUAUCCCCGUAGCAUUAGGACUUUGCUGUAAUAGCUAGGGGAACUUUUGAUUGCUUUCUAUAUAUUACGCCGUUUUCACCACAAAAAAAAAUCCCAACCAAUUACUUUAGAUUUUAUAUACUAUAAAGUUAGCAGAACACCAUUUUAUACACGAUGUAACUAUGGAAAUGGUUUGUAUUUCUGGAAGUUGUUGUAGGAAUCUAAUGAAUCUA